AGUGCGCAUGCGCCGGAAGUUGCUGCCGCAGACAGCAGCAGUGAUUCGGGCAGCGCAGGGUAACGGGAGAAAAUCUGUCCGCUUUAAACCAUGGCGACGUUCUGAACGAUGCCUUUCGCCGACUUCCACGAAGAUGUGAGGAGAAGUGUGUCCCAUGUUGCAUUAGUGUCUGUGUGAAAUGCUGGCCUGUCUGCCAGGGCCAGGUGACCUCCCCCUCCAGCUUCUCCCCCACACGCAGAUGAACACUGGACUUCUGAAAUGGGACACCAUACAAAGGAUGAGAUCCGCUCCGUUUCCAACCCCUGCAGAAUUAGAUGCAUAUGCUAAGAAGGUUGCCAACAACCCCCUGACCAUCAAGAUUUUCCCCAACAGCAUCAAGGUCCCGCAGCGAAACCACGUGCGCCGUACCAUCAACGGGCUGGACACAUCGGGCCAGCGCUACAGCCCUUACCCUUCCUCUCAGGUCGGCGCCAAGACUGGACUCCUCGCCAUCGUCAAGGUGCCCACAGUCAAAAGCAUCCUUAAGGAUUUUGACGGCAGCCGGGCUCGCUUGCAUCCUGAGGUCAUCAUGAACCCACCUGCAGGAUCCUUUCAAGUGGCUUCAACCAGCACUUUAAACCACCACCCACCUCUGCCCAGCCUGCCCCAGCACUGCUUACCGCUCCAGGACCUGCCUCAGACUUUACACAUGACCGUUCCUCAGCAGCAAGCUCCCUCCCAGAGUCUCAGACACCCUCCUCUGGCCCAGCAUCCUCAGGGCCUACCUAGACUCCAGACCAUGCCUCAGCACCCAGCCCUUGGCCAACCUCAGGCCCCCCCUGCCGUCAUGCUUCAGCAGCAGCACCUUCAGCAGCAGCCUGGCCUGCAGGGGGGCAGGAAGUUGCCUGAUGGCGACGCACCACCUAACGUUACUGUCUCUACCUCAACCAUUCCACUCUCCAUGGCUGCUGGACCUCUCCUGGGCCGGCAGGCGGACCUGAGCGCCAUUGUGCAUCAGCUCAACCAGUUCUGCCAGGCUCGGGCCCAGGGAGCAGGGCCCACUUCCAUGUGCGAGGGCCAGAUCGCCAACCCCAGCCCCAUCAGCCGCAAUCUGCUCAUCAGUGCAUGCUCCAGGGUGACUAUGCACAGUAACCCUGCCACGCCGGGCUUCCCGCCACCCAACUGCAUCAUAGCUUCUCAAGAAAAAGCUGCAGCCCCAAUGGGAGCCCACCCUGCACUUAGUGUGGCUGCUAUGAACCAUUUGCCUUCCAGACACACUGAUCUCAAGCAGCAGCAGCACAUGCAGCAGCAUCUUUAUCCACAGCAACAACACAACCCACAGCAGCAGAAGAUGCGCUCGUGGAAACAGCAGCAGUUGGCUCUGGCGCCCCAGAUGCAGAACGGUGGGGUGCAGCCUUCCAGAGACCCAUCCUUUCUUUAUAAGGGCAUAGGCUACCCUGCAGAGGCGUGUGUGGGUCAGCCUUACUCAAUGAAACCUCCUGUGGAGAGGCCCACCCCCUCCCCUCCUGUCAACAACAGCAUGUCCGGCUCCAUGACCCACUACACCAACGGCCACUACUUCCAGUCGCAUGUUUGGAACAGCAGCAUCCUCCCCACGCCCAACAGUGACAGCUCCGGGUCUCAGGACAUAACUAUGUCAUUCCACGGCGCAGGCCCAGGAGGGUGUACCACACUAGACUGUGGGCCCCCUGGGGCUCCCCAUUACAGGCUUGGAACAAGCUCCUUCACCCCCUCCUCCACCCAGGCUAAUCUGAUGCAAACUGCAGAUUACUUGGGUGGGGACUUCCAGACACCCUACUUCCGCGAUCAGAAUCUAGGGUUAAUGGGUAAGAUGCACAGGCCUGCUCUGAGCAGGGUGGGUCCAGAGGUCGGGGAUGGCAGAACCGCUCUCCUCCAGCAUCCAGGGUACAGAUAAGCUAUGGCCUUGUCUCCUCAACUGUUUCCACCCCCCCCUUUUUUCGGUUUAGUUUUAAGAAAGGAACACAACCCUACCGAUUCCCGAAAGGACAACUAGUAUUAAAGAAGGUAAAAUAAUAUAUAAAAUGCGGAACGAUAGUUUUUGUCCCCCUCUUUUUUUGUUUUUUGUUCAUCUUGCAAGUGAUCAAUUGCCAUAUUGAGAGCUUCUACCUAUAACUUGAGGUAACUUUUGUGUAUACUGUGCCCUGCUUCGUCCUACGUCAUAGUUUUGUGUGCCUGGAUCUUAACAGAUGUUUUAUUUCUGCAGUAACAUGAAGGAAAACCCUUCCCUCGCUGACAAACUGCAACACCAAUCGUGGGAUAAACUUCUUUUUUUGUUUUUCUUUUAAACAGGACCAUGUCCAAGCUUUGCGGCUAUGACUAGUUUUACUUGACUACACUUUGGAGGUAACGCUAAGAUUAAAAAUAAAAAAAACAAUCUCUGCAGGACGGAAAGGCAGGAACUGGUCUUGUUUUAGAACAAAGACGGUGUGCACAUCUCAACAGAAGUUUUAUUCUGUUAAAAUUUAUUUAUUUGUAUAAUAGGAAUACUAAAGAAUAACUCUGUCACUACGGGAAGCAUGUAAUCAGGUUCUUUUUUUGUACAUUGCAAUGUUCUAGCGGUGAGCGGCUGUGUUGGAAAGCUCUGUCCCGCUCGAAAUGCUGCAAUGAAAUCAGGUGUCGACGUUCUGAAAUCUUAACUCUCCUACCUUAAAAUGGCCAAAGUCAGGUUCCGCGAGGACACACCAGUAUGAAGCUGUGCCAUUUUAUAUCUGAUUGCUUUUGUGUCAAAUGUAUUACUUGAAUGUUGAGUCUGUUUUGCAGGUAUUUAAAGGGAUUUGUUGGUAAGGAAAUGAAGAAAUGAGUGAAUCCUGACCACAGGGGGGGUUUCCAGUGUAUUUGCUACUGAUUCUAAUGAACCAAAUUGAUCACUUGCAAGAUCUCCUGGAAGUAAAGAAAAUAAACAGACGUUUGAGUUAAAAGUGAAACAGCAAAUGCAUUGUUUAAUUCUGUUGUACACUGGCUUACCUACUAGACUACUGUAAUUUUAAAGGUUAAUGAUUGUGUGUGAAUGAGUGCGGCUGCAUUUCAGGGUGGAUGUGCGAGUGUUUGUGUGUAAAAUAACACAAGGACACCUUUGUUUUCUUCAUUGAACUCUCUAACAGCCCUUAAAAAGCCUUAAGUGUUCGGUCCUUGGACUUUCCUAUGAAAAUGAGCAUGGUUUUAAUUAAAAAAAAAGAAAAAACCCAAAUAACAAGACUGGAUGGGAUAAGUGGAAACUGCAUUUUUUUUGUUUGUUUUUCUCUUUGUCUCAUGAAAAGCAAUUUUCUUUGAGAUUCUUUAUAAAUUAAGGCAAAAAACAAGAGGAAUAUUUUGUAAUUAAGGUUUUAGCACUGCAUAGUCUCAGACCUGUAUGUUUUUUUUCCCCAUUUCAAAGCUUCAGUUUGCAGUUGUAACUUUAUGAUACUUGAUCUGCUUGGUAUUUAAUUUUUUUUUUCUUGUACUUUUGCUGUGAAAAUGGAAGAAAGUUCACAAGCCUUUUUGUGUCAUUCUGUACGACAGAUGAGGGGCAAGAGAGUGAGAGUUGUGUUACUCUUUUUGUAAUAAUAAAAUAAAGUUCUAAUUUAUGCUUU